AUGUACCGCGCCGCGCUCAGGUCAUCAGCAGCGCCCGCCAGCGCGCUGCACGCCGCCAUCCGUCCGACUACCCUCGCUGCUGCUGCUUCUCGCCGGUUUGCCUCGACUUCUUCGGAUGCUGUUGCCGCGAAGGUGGCCAAAAAAAAGGGGACUUGGAAGGGGACGGCCCUGCGCUGGGGUCUGGCAAUUGCCGCCGUCUACUUCUACAAUACCAGUCCGCUCUUUGCCGAUGAGAUUCCCGCGACAGCAGGCCCCGCGCCCUCCCAGUUCUCUGAAUCCGACCUUCCCACUAUCGAUGCCUUGAUCGAGCAGAAGCGCAAGCAAGCCGCCGCCGCUCCCAAGAAACAACCCGCCGAGAAGCCGCAACCCCCUGUACCGGCACCGUCAGAAGCUGUCCCAGCCGAGGCCGUAAAGGCCAUUGAGCAACCUUUUUCCGAGACUGAGACCAAGACUGGGUCUAAAUCGGAGUCAACCGAGCAGAAGGAGCUCGAGCCCGGGUCGCCUGAGGCCCUGGAACAUGAGGCUAAGGAGCAAGGCGCUUUCGACCCUGAGACCGGCGAAAUCAACUGGGACUGCCCGUGCCUGGGCGGCAUGGCGCACGGACCGUGCGGCGAGGAAUUCAAAGCGGCAUUUAGCUGCUUUGUGUACUCGAAGGAGGAACCGAAGGGGAUGGAUUGUAUUGAGAAAUUCCAGGCCAUGCAGGACUGCUUCCGGAAGUACCCAGAUGUGUAUGCCGCUGAGCUAGCGGACGAUCAGGAGGAGGAUGAUGCGGCUGUCCCGACUGAGGAUGCUGCCGCUGAACCGCGGGCUAAUGCUGCUGAUGGUGAGAAGAUGCCGAGUGUGACCGAGGCUGUGAAGGAGACAUUUGUAUCCGAUAAGAACGUACCAGUUAACAUGGCCGAGUCUUAUGCCGAGGUCGCCUCAAAAGGCCCCAAGCAAGCUCCCGAGGAGGCUGCGGCUCCCCAACAACCCGAAGUCGAACCCAACAUCACAGCCCCUAACCCUGGCGCUGAGGCCGCUGCCUUUUUGGCGAGCAGCACCACCACUACUGGAGCAGCUACAGGAACCGAAUCCUUAACCCUAAUCGACGUCGAUGGACCCUCGGUGCGCGCCGUGCCAGCGGACUUCCCCUCGCAGCCUGUCAAGACCGAGACACAGGCUAUGCGCAUCGACGUCGAGGCUGAGCAACAAGAGUUAGCUGCUGAAGCAGCAGCCGACAGAGCCAAGAAGGAACGCAAAGAGAAAAAUAAGGAGAAAGAGAAAGGAAAGAAGAAACGCCAAGAGGAGGUUUCCCAGAAGGAAGAAGAGAAGAAAGUCCAGAAGGAGGAACAGACUGAGGAAGAGGAGCAAAUAGUAGAGGCUGUCCCCCCCUCAGUGGAGGGCGAAAACGGCUGGAUGAAGAGCUGCCGGUACUGGCGGGAAACAGUUGGCCUUGGACGUCCGGGUGCCGUCAGAGCCAUGGCGGUCGUCAACCUUGCUGCGGUGGUCGGACUCAGCGGAUGGCUGGGCUAUCGUGCUUGGGGCUUAUAUGAUCGCGGUCGGCUCAGUUCCAAGGAGGUUGGACUCGGUCUUGGUGUUAUUGGGAUUACAGGUGUUGUGGAGAGUCUUUGGGUGAGGUAA